AACGAAUCAGUACCAGCUCAUAUCUCGUUAUUGGUAUAACACAGUUUAUAGUGGAGUAAAUCGUUUUCCUCGUGAGACGUCAAAGCAACAGCUCAACAAUGCGAAUGUUCGUACUUCCUUGUCUCGCCGUGUGCGUGGCAUUGGCCCACUGCGCGGCCAUCGAUGAGAAGAAGGCUGCCAGCGCCGAUGCCGCUCCAGCUGAGGAUAGCAAGACUGUGGAGAAGCGUGGUCUGCACUUGGGUGACUACCAUCAUCAUCAUCAUCAUGAGCACAUCAAGACGGUGACCAUUGAAAAGAAAGUGCCAGUGCCCUAUACAGUAACUAAGCAUGUGCCCUACACGGUGGAAAAGAAGAUACCCUAUGAGGUGAAAGUUGAUGUGCCACAGCCUUACAUAGUUGAAAAGAAAUAUCCUGUGCAUGUCAAGGAAUACGUCAAGGUGCCAGUGCAUGUGCCCAAGCCUUACAUUGUGGAAAAGAAAGUACCCUAUGAAGUCAAGUACCCCGUUGAUAAGCCAUAUGAGGUGAAAGUGCAUGUCCCAGAACCCUACGAGGUCAUCAAGAAAAUCCCAUAUGAAGUAAAGGUGCCCGUGCCACAGCCCUACGAAGUAAUCAAGAAGGUGCCACAUGAAGUCAAAAUUGAAGUGCCAGUGCCCAAGCCUUAUGAAGUGAUCAAGAAGGUUCCAUACGAGGUUAAGUAUGAGGUCGAGAAGCCCUACAAUGUGGAAGUUGAAAAGCCUUAUGAUGUGGAAGUGGAGAAACCCUAUACAGUUGUUGUAGAAAAGAAGGUGCCCUAUGAAGUUAAGGUGCCCGUCGACAAGCCCUACAAAGUUGAGGUUGAGAAACCAUAUCCAGUGCACGUAAAGGUGCCAGUGCCACAGCCCUACACUGUUGAAAAGAAGGUGCCUUAUACCGUGGAGAAACCAGUGCCCUAUGAGGUGAAAGUACCCAUUGAGAAGCCCAUUCCCGUCUACACAGAGGUGAAAGUGCCCAUUCAUAAGGAAAUUCCCGUGCCUGAGAAAUAUCACGUCGAAGUCCCAAUUUUCAAGCACCACGAACAUCACGAUCAUCAUCAUGAUCAUCACAGCUAUAGCCACCAGGAGCAGCACCACUACUAAGUAAAAUAACGAAGGCGCACAGAACGCGAGCACAAGAAGUAAACGAACAAGAACAACAAGAAAUACGCAAAUGAGAGAGAGCAUAAGGACAUUAACAGGAAGUCUUUGUUGCAGCCGCAACGUUGAGCUGGACGUUGAACGGGUGAUAAACACAAGGAGGAGGGGGAGGAAUAGAGCAGAAGGAGGAGUAGUUCAGGUAGCAGUGAGAGGACAAACUAACUCGCUACUUGACAAAACGAGAUCUUGUCGAGCUCGUAAGAGCUUGGCAUACGUUUUAAGCCAAAUGUGUUAUACUUUUAUUGUAUCUUUGUUUUUAGCUAUAUGAAAAGUUUUUAUUU